AUCUGAAUUCUUCCGUGAUCUCAAAUUUCUCUGCCGCUGGAAUUGAAACAGAUCUCUUACAAAUGGCAAAUCAUGCAACUGUGAAGUCUCCUCCUGAGCCUUCGCCAUUGAGGAAAGCUAGAUUUUUUCAGGCAAACAUGAGGAUCUUGGUCACUGGUGGAGCUGGAUUCAUUGGAUCUCACCUAGUUGACAAGCUGAUGGAAAAUGAGAAGAAUGAGGUAAUUGUCGUGGACAACUACUUUACUGGAUCAAAAGACAACCUAAAGCAAUGGAUUGGUCAUCCUCGAUUUGAGCUUAUUCGGCACGACGUGACAGAGACAUUGUUGGUGGAAGUUGAUCGAAUCUACCAUCUCGCAUGUCCUGCUUCCCCAAUUUUCUACAAAUACAACCCUGUGAAGACAAUUAAGACAAAUGUAAUCGGGACGCUAAACAUGUUGGGACUUGCGAAGCGAGUCGGGGCAAGGAUUUUGCUGACAUCAACAUCCGAGGUAUAUGGGGAUCCCCUCGUGCAUCCUCAGACUGAAGAUUACUGGGGCAAUGUCAACCCCAUAGGGGUUAGGAGUUGUUACGACGAGGGAAAAAGAGUAGCUGAAACUUUGAUGUUUGACUACCACAGGCAGCAUGGACUUGAGAUAAGGAUUGCAAGAAUCUUCAACACUUACGGACCACGGAUGAAUAUCGACGAUGGUCGGGUUGUCAGUAAUUUCAUAGCUCAAGCAAUACGUGACGAACCUUUGACCGUCCAAUUGCCUGGAACACAGACGAGAAGCUUUUGCUACGUCUCUGACAUGGUUGAUGGUCUUAUUCGACUAAUGGAAGGAGACAAUACAGGGCCAAUUAACAUCGGCAAUCCAGGUGAAUUUACAAUGCUUGAGCUUGCCGAGACUGUGAAAGAGAUGAUAAAUCCAGAAGUGAAAAUCGUAACAGUGGAGAACACGCCAGACGAUCCAAGACAAAGAAAGCCAGAUAUUACAAAGGCGAAAGAAACGCUUGGCUGGGAACCGAAAAUCAAACUGCGCGAAGGCAUUCCUCUCAUGGAGGAGGAUUUUCGACAGAGGCUCGGAAUUUCGACCAACAAGAAGUGAAUACAUCUCUGCUGCUAGUUUGGUUUCCUCCUCUUAGGACUUGAGACAAAUGCUUAUUUGCGGCUUCUAUGUGCCUUAUUUUAUUGCUCACAUGUUUUCGUUUUUUGUUUUCUGGACCCACUAAAUAUUAUAGACUUACAGUUAUGGAGAUGCUCUUGUCAUUUCUGCUCAUUUUGUUUAAAUAUGUAAUUUCUUUCAAGUAUAUGUUAUUUAUUACACGCCGUUAA